AUGUCCACCCACGAUUCCUUCUCGGAUCACAAGCUCUGCGGUUUCCUCUGUGCGGUUCUCACAGUUACUCAGCCGCAGCGCGAGAAUACCUCAGGUUUCAAUGAACGCUGCGAAAUCUACGGCGAGGGCGCUGCUGAGGUCGGGUUCCGGUCCCUGGGCGGCGUCGUUUUGGGUACGGUAGAAUGUGGGAGCUCGAAGGUGAGGAGGAUGAAGAAGAUUGGGAUGGUGAAUGGGAGUGUGAGCGUUGUUCAUCAGCUUCACGCUUUGGUUAGCCGCAAUUGCAUGAAGAUUGAUGCUCGAGUGGUGUUGGUUGAGCCUGAUGUGGCUAGGAUGGUUGUGCUGGUUGAUGUUUAUGUCCCAAUUCAGUUGUGGAGUGGCUGGCAGUUCCCGAAAUCGGGUUCCGUCGCCGGUGCUGUUUUUCGCCAUUUGAGCUGUGAUUGGGAUGAGAGAUGUUCAAUGCUUUCUUGUCCAGACUAUUGUAGGAAGACUCGCGUAGCAAAUGAGAGCAUUUGGGACCUUUCUGAUUGUCAUGUACUUGGUUGCAAGCUCCAUUCCUGUGUGAGUGAUUCUUCAAGGGAAAAGCUAUUUGAACUUCAUGAAAUUUUUAAAACGGUACCUGGUGUAGGAAAACAGCAGAAGUUUAAUAGUUCCAAGAUAAUACCUAUGGAUAACACUUGCAGAUCUGGGAUUUGGGAGAUAUCUGAUGAUAUUUUAACUACAAUUCUAGCUUUCUUGGGCCCAAUGGACCUUGCUAGGGUUUCUGCAACAUGUCAUCAUCUAAGAUCCUUGGCUGCUUCAGUAAUGCCUUGUACUAAGUUAAAGCUGUUUCCUCAUCAGCAGGCAGCAGUUGAGUGGAUGUUGCAUCGUGAGCGAAAUGCUGAAAUUUUGCCACAUCCUUUAUAUGUAUCUCUCUCAACUGAUGAUGGCUUUAGUUUCCACAUAAAUACUGUAUCUGGUAAAAUAGUCACUGGGGAAGCUCCCACCAUCAAAGAUUUUCGUGGAGGAAUGUUUUGUGAUGAACCUGGCUUGGGUAAGACUGUAACAGCUCUUACUCUUAUUGUGAAGACGCAAGGUACAUUGCCAGAUCCACCAGAUGAGGCACAAGUAGUCUGGUGUCAACAUAAUGGUAACCAUAAAUGUGGCUAUUAUGAGAUCAGUGGAAAUAACAUCUCUGGUUGUAGUAUUUUGGGUAAGAGGGAUGUGUGCCAAGAUGGUAGUAGAAAUAAUGCGAACGAUGAUUACUCCUCCAAAAGAAUCAGAUUGGUGGAUCCUGAUCAGCAAAUCACUAAACUUCAUGGUUCAUGUUCUGGGAAAGAAAAAUCACCUGUCGAUGCAUGCUUUAAGGAAUCUAUGCCUGCAAAUCGGUGCACUAGAAGCUUGAGUCGCAUAAAGAGAAAUCUACAUUUCUCAUAUGAAGAAGAAGCUAUGAUUUUCAAAAAAAGAAAAGUUGGUGAAAGAUCAAUUAAAACAAAGCACACAUCAGAUGUUGCAUCACAUGUAUCUCAAAACAAGCUAGUUGAUACUUCAGAUGGAUGUGGACAAAGUUACAAGUGUCCUGGGAAGCCUAAAGAUGACUGUUUGGAGUACCGUGAUACAUGGAUUCAGUGUGAUGCAUGUCACAAGUGGCGUAAGCUUGCAGACAAUAGCACGGCUAAUUCUAGUGCGGCAUGGUUUUGUAGUAUGAACGCUGACCCUUUUUAUCAAAGUUGUAAUGUCCCAGAACAAAAUUUUCAGAAUAGCUGUAAGAUAACUUACUUGCCAGGAUUUCACUUGAAAGGAACUCCUGGGGGUGAGAAAGAAAAUGUUUCAUUUUUCACUAGUGUACUUAAGGAGCACUACUCAUUGAUAAAUUCUCAGACAAAGAAGGCCCUGACUUGGUUGGCUAAAAUUUCGACGGACAAGCUUGCAGGAAUGGAAACAAAUGGCAUACAGGGUCCUAUUUUAAACAUUUGCACUAAUGGAUAUUUUAAUGCAUUCCACAAAAUAUUUCAAGCAUUUGGCCUUUUAAAGAAAGUAGAGAAAGGUGUAUGCAGGUGGUACUACCCACAAAAUCUUAACAAUUUGACUUUUGAUGUGGCUGCCCUUGGCUUGGCUCUUUGUGAGCCAUUAGAUUUUGUUAGGUUAUACUUGUCAAGAGCAACCCUGGUAGUUGUUCCAGCAAACUUGGUUGAUCAUUGGAAAACACAAAUAGAAAAGCAUGUCAGACCUGGUCAAUUACGGGUUUAUGUUUGGACUGAUCAUCGGAAGCCAUCUGCACACUGUCUCGCUUGGGAUUAUGAUGUUGUCAUCACUACAUUUAGUCGUUUGAGUGCAGAGUGGAGCCCACAUAAGAGGAGUGUUUUGAUGCAAGUGCAUUGGUUUAGGAUAAUUUUAGAUGAAGGGCACACUCUUGGCUCAAGCCUGAAUUUAACAAACAAGUUGCAAAUGGCUAUUUCAUUGAUGGCUUCGAAUCGAUGGAUACUAACUGGAACUCCAACACCUAACACUCCUAACAGCCAACUUCCACAUCUACAACCAUUGCUAAGGUUCCUUCAUGAGGAAGCUUAUGGACUGAAUCAAAAAUCAUGGGAAGCUGGCAUGCUUAGGCCAUUUGAAGCAGAGAUGGAGGAAGGAAGAUCUCGUCUAUUGAAUUUACUUCACAAAUGUACAAUUAGUGCAAGAAAAAUAGAUUUGCAGAGCAUUCCACCGUGCAUCAAGAAAGUUGUUUUUGUAGACUUCAAUGAGGAGCACGCUAGAAGCUACAAUGAAUUAGUUCUCACUGUCCGUCGUAAUAUAUUGAUGGCUGAUUGGAAUGAUCCUUCACAUGUUGAGAGUCUACUGAAUCCAAAACAGUGGAAAUUUCGUGGUGCAACAACAAAAAAUGUCAGGCUUUCAUGUUGUGUUGCUGGACAUAUUAAAGUUACACAUGCUGGAGAAGAUAUUCAAGAAACAAUGGAUAUGUUAGUACAAAAUGGUCUAGAUCCUACUUCAGGAGAGUAUACCUCCAUAAGAUAUAAUCUCCUAUAUGGUGGUUACUGUGUCAGGUGUAAGGAAUGGUGCCGCCUUCCUCUCAUUACACCAUGUCGGCAUCUGUUGUGCCUUGAUUGUAUUUCUAUAGAUAAUACAAAGUGUACUUAUCCUGGCUGCGGUAAAUUAUAUGAGAUGGAGAGUCCUCUUGCCCGACCAGAAAAUCCUAACCCAAAGUGGCCUGUACCCAAAGAUCUUAUUGAGCUGCAACCUUCAUAUAAGCAGGAUAAGUGGGAUCCUGAUUGGCAAUCAACAUCUAGUAGUAAAGUGUCCUAUCUUGUCCAGAGGUUGAAAGCUUUGCAAGAAUCCAACGAAGAGACGAGUUUCUAUAGAGACAAUAGCAAUGAUGAGAUGCAUAACGAUAAUAGUUUCCCUUUGCAUAUGAGAGAUGCCAAAUCAUCAUUCCAAGAAUGUUCUAUAAGAAGCACUGAAUCCAAUUUGAACCCUGAGAAAGUUCUGAUAUUUUCUCAAUUUCUUGAGCAUAUAAAUGUCAUUGAACAGCAGUUGGCUAUUGCUGGUAUCAAAUAUACUGGGAUGUAUAGCCCAAUGCAUUCCUGCAACAAGAAGAAGUCAUUAGCCAUGUUCCAGCAUGAUUCAAGUUGUAUGGCACUUGUCAUGGAUGGAAGUGCUGCAUUGGGUCUUGACUUGAGUUUUGUCACGCGUGUAUUUUUAAUGGAGCCAAUUUGGGACAGAAGUAUGGAGGAGCAAGUAAUUAGUCGUGCCCAUCGCAUGGGUGCUUCGCGUCCCAUCCACGUGGAAACAUUAGCAAUGCGCGGCACAAUUGAAGAGCAAAUGCUAGAAUUUUUACAGGAUGCUGAUAAAUGUAGAAGAUUUCCAAGUAAAGAUGUUGCCAAAUCUGAAGAUGAUGGUGGAGGACGAGGAUAUCGAUCAUUGCAUGAUUUUGCUGAAAGCAGUUAUCUACUGAAACUUAGAUUUGUUUAUACUAAUUUGGAAACUCUCGAAGGCGUUUGAUUGAUCAACAUAAAGUACAGACUGAUUUGCUUUAAGCAAGUCUUAUGGAUAUCCUUCAAGCAGUUUGAAUGCCCUUGAUUAUGAUUUUUGUUCUUGGAUGUAUACAAGUGCUCAUCUAAUGUAGCUGAGAGAUUGAUCGAUUUGCAUUUGAGGGUGGAAGCUAAUUUUUUGUAUAGCAUUAUGGAGCUAUUUGCAGCAUCACUUCGGUCUGCCAAUGCUUACUGAAAUAGUGCAAGGGUCCCUGAAUAUAUCUUUUUUGUAAAGGAUUAAUCAAGUUAAUUUGUGGUGACCCCCCAAAACAAAUGUUGAUACUAUGCUUAAGUUUUCUACUUAAGACAAC